CGGCCACUGCCGGCCGGCCUCGGGGCGCCGGCUGAUAGGGAAGUACGGCGAGUGCCCCCCGCCCCGGAGGAUCCCCCUGAAGCCCUGCGACAGCUUGUGCUCCUCGGACGCGGACUGCCCGGGCAGCGAGCGCUGCUGCAGAACCAGCUGCGGACGGGAGUGCCGGCUCCCCACGGGAGCCAAACCAGGCGUCUGCCCCAAGAGAAAGGUGCUGCAGACCUUCGCCCCUGCAACAGCUCCUGCAGCGAUGACACCGACUGUCCCCGCCACGAGAAGUGCUGCUUCACGGGCUGCGGCCGCGGCUGCCUGCCUCCGGACAGAGGUACCGCAGCCCCGCUCCUGCCCGCUGGCUGGGGCCACUGGCUGGGUCCUGCUGCCUCCAACGGCCCCAUGUCCUCGGGUGACAUCUGUCACCUCCCACCGGUGACUGGCCCGUGCAGGGGACGCUUCCGUCACUACGCCUACAACCCUGCCACGGGGACCUGCCAGCCAUUCAUCUACAGCGGCUGCGGGGGGAACCCCAACAACUUCAACACGGUGGAGGAGUGCCAGCAGGUCUGCCAGCAACGAGGGAGAGCCAAGGAGUGACACCAAGGAGGAGGCAGCAGUGGGGCCUGGGUCCCCCUGCGGGGCCAGCAGCCCGGGGGCCGGGGUCUGCGGCGGUGCCGGCCGCCACGCUCUGCCCCAUGCAAUAAAGCUACCAGGACGCCUGGCUUGCAGCA